UUGAGUUGUUGAGGUUAAGAUACAAAUAGGUUACAUUAAAUUUAACUGAACUAACUACUAAGCCAUAUGCUUAAAAUGAAGAAAUAUAUAGAUAUUGGUGCAAAUCUAACUGAUUUGAUGUACUCUGGCAUUUAUAAUGGUAGUAAAAAACAUCAGGAAGAUUUAAGUCAUGUAUUGAAAAGAUCUUGGGAUGCUGGAUUGAGCAAAAUCAUAAUCACUGGUGGAAAUGUGGAGGAAAGCAAUAAAGCAGUUGAAGUUGCUAAAAGUGAUGAGAGAUUAUUCUGUACUGUGGGUUGUCACCCAACAAGAUGUAUGGAGUUUGAAUCUAAUCCAGACACUUAUUUGAAUGAACUGAAAACUAUAGCUGAAGGAAAUCAUAAAGUUGUGGCAAUUGGUGAAUGUGGAUUGGACUAUGAUAGAAUACAGUUCUGUCCCAAAGAUAUUCAAAAAAAGUACUUUGAGCUACAGUUGAAGCUCAGCAAGGAUUUGAAAUUACCUCUAUUUCUGCACUGUAGAAAUGCUGCAAAUGAUCUGUAUGAAAUAUUAAGUAAACAUCAAUUAAAUGGAGGAGUUGUUCAUUCUUUUGAUGGAACUUUUGAAGAGGCUCAAAAAUUUAUUGAUUUGGGCUAUUACAUUGGUUUAAAUGGAUGUUCCUUGAAAACUAAGGAGAAUUUGGAGACAGUAGAACAAUUGCCAAUUAACAAAAUCAUGAUUGAAACUGAUUGCCCUUGGUGCGAGAUCAGACCUAGUCAUGCUGGAUAUCAGCUCAUUCCAAAAGAUUCUCAAAUGGUUAGCGUUAAGAAAGAAAAGUGGAGAGAGGACGCUAUGGUUAAAAGUAGAAAUGAGCCCGCAAAUAUAACUCAAGUGCUCAAUGUUAUUGCAGCUGUGAAGAAGGUUGAUAGCCAAGAAUUGGCUGAUCAAAUUUUAGAAAACACCAAUAAAUUAUUUUUUAAAUAA